AGAGAGUUAGUGAUUGACACGUUGAGAUGGAACGCACCUGUCUUCUACUCUUGCUGUUGAGUACACUGGUAUACUGUAGCCUCGGACAAGGUGGAGGGUCGUCUGAGGUUCAGGUUGUUGGACCGGCUGACCGAGUCGUUGCCUUAGCUGGUGACGACGUCAUUCUACCAUGUUCCCUGGAACCCAGUGUCAGUGCUAAGGACAUGAUAGUGAGGUGGACAAGAUUGAACCCGAAAACAGAAAACGUCCAUCUUUACCGUCAAGGUCGAGACUCCAAUGAGGAGCAGUCUCCAUCCUACAAGGGAAGGACAUCAAUGUUUAAUGACAAACUGAAGAACGGCAACGUCUCCUUAAAGCUGACCAGAGUUACUCUCUCUGAUGCUGGAAGCUACAGGUGCUUCAUUCCAACACUGACCAUCCAGGUGAAGGAAACCACCGUUCAACUCUUUGUUGAUGACGUGUUUCCUAAAUCACAAGUAGGGUUGAUUAUUGGUCUACUAAUAGCAGCAGCUGUUGCAGUUCUUGCAGCUUCAGCUGGUGUCUACAAGUGGAGAAAACAUACAGAAAAGAAGAAUCAAACAAUAUCUGAAAAAAUCAGAGAUUUUUCAAGUUCCUGUCUGUCUUUUGUCGUAUAUUGUAGCUUCAACCUGUCAGCUUCUAUUGUAGCUUCAACCUGUCAGCUUCUAUUGUAG